GUCAUGUCAAGGCUGUUGAUAAUUGCAUCAUCUCGUCAACGUUGACGUUCUGUGUUCUCAAAAGCACAACCCCUCGCCUUGGUUCUGUGCUGUCGGCUCCCGAUUAGCGACUUGGCAGAGGGUUGGGCCAAGCAUUUAUUUAGAAGGGGUGGUUAUAUUUUCUUUGGCACUUUGAAGUACAUGGGCUUGAAGACCCAGCCAUCUGUGAUGGGAACAUGGGUUGGACUUAACCACCGCUAGUUCAUAAGGGGCCUUUAUUUCCCAAAUAUUGAUUCAAGUGGUGACUAGGCGUUUCGCUUUUCUCAGGAAGUGAUGUAGCAGUUGUUAGGGCAGCGACCACCAGAAACUGUUCCUUCUCACUGAUGUGUUGGUCUGAGACUAUGUUAAAUCAUAGGGAAAUUAGAUCUGAUUGUUAGGUGUGCAUUUCUAGCGCCUUUAUAAACAUACUUAGCACUCUUCCGUGGAUAUUGUUUGAAUGGUUCCUCAUUUUGUUAUUAUGUUGGAUAGAAGGAACGAAGCACUUUGCCUAUGGUUAGGACUUUACUAGAAUAUCAUUUGCAGAAAGUGUCAUGGACGUUCUCCGCCCACAGAUUAUAACAAUUGAUGGACGGAAUUAUAGGAAGAAUCCCAUCCAGGAAAAGAACUAUCAGCAUGAAGAAGAUGAGGGUUUCUAUCAAGACUCCAUGGAAUAUUCUGAUGAGCCCUGUGAUGCUUAUGAGGUGGAGCAGACCCCUCAAGGAUUCCGGGCCACUGUCAGUGCCCCUAGCCUGCUCUACAAGCACAUAGUUGGAAAGAGAGGGGAUACCAAGAAGAAAAUAGAAAUGGAGACAAAAACAUCUAUUAACAUUCCUAAACCUGGACAAGAAGGAGAAAUUGUGAUUACUGGUCAGCAUCGAAAUGGUGUGAUUUCAGCCCGAACUCGGAUUGAUGUUCUUCUGGACACGUUUAGAAGGAAGCAGCCGUUCACUCAUUUCCUGUCCUUCUUCCUCAAUGAAGUUGAAGUGCAAGAAAGAUUUCUGAAGUUCCAGGAGGAAGUGCUGGCGAAGUGCUCCAUGGAUCGUGGGGUUGACAUCUCCAUUUUUCAGAAUCCCAAAAAGCUUCAUCUAACUAUUGGAAUGUUGGUGCUUUUAAGUGAACAAGAGAUCCAGCAGGCAUGUGAGAUCCUGCAGCGUUGUAAAGAGGAGUUCAUCAACGACAUUACUGGUGGCAAACCCCUAGAAGUAGAGAUGGAGGGGAUUGAGUACAUGAAUGAUGAUCCUGGUAUGGUGGAUGUUCUUUAUGCCAAAGUCCACAUGAAAGAUGGCUCCAACAGGUUGCAGGAACUAGUUGAUCGCGUGCUGGAGCGCUUCCAGACACUGGGACUAAUAGUGAAGGAGUGGACCAGUGUGAAACUGCACGCCACGGUCAUGAACACACUCCUCAGGAAAGACCCCAGUGCUGAAGGCAGAUACAAUCUCUACACACCAGAUGGUAAAUACAUCUUCAAGGAAAGAGAAUCGUUUGAUGGCCGAAACAUCUUAAAGACGUUUGAGAACUUCUACUUUGGUUCCCUGAAGCUCAAUUCCAUUCACAUCUCCCAGAGGUUCACAGUGGACAGCUUUGGAAACUAUGCCUCCUGUGGACAGGUUGACUUCUCCUGAAGUGGGUAUGGAAAACUCUAGAAGUGGAAUGUCUUCCUAAGGUGGAGAAGAGCAGAGAACCGUGGCUGCAGCAUCGGGAGCCUGGAAGUAUGGAGGCAGCAGGCACUCCGGCCUCCAGCUGACUGGCAGAGGAGGGAGCCGCAGCCCACACCCUCGCUUCUCCUCCUCAUCGUUUUCUUUCUUGUUCUUCAUUCCUUAUCCUCACGGCCCCUCCUUUCAGUGAAGUCUGCUCCUGAGCUCUGUGUCAAGAUCACCAUGCUGUGGAGAUUGGCUUCUCUAUGGGGUGGGACAGAACAUCCACAAAUAAAUGAGAUUCCCAAGUU